CUGGCACGAGUCGGCAGGAAGUCCACCUGCCGACUGAUGCCAGGUCAGCAAUACCCUAUCUUCGUUUGCGGCUGUGAUAUCGCCUCGCAAAAACGCGUGCUGCCGCUCGCUCCACUGCGUGCAAGGACAAUCGUCCUUUGCUGGUUACAGCACAGUAGCUUCUUGUUCGCUUCAGAGAGUUUCAAGCAGUGAAGCGGACGAGUGACCGUCAGUGGCUCUCCCAGGGCCUCCAGCUACUGUAAUAGUGGACUUCUUGAUGAGUCUCCGCGUCCCUCUUGACAUUGACUGCACGAACAUCCCGAGGAAUGGAGUUAUGCUCACUCGGAUUUAUAACUCUUUUCAACAACACGACUUUACGCAAGCUUUGGACAAUCCACUGACUGACAGUCCAUUUUGUGGGUAACAGUCUGUCCUGACCGACGCACCUUAUUCUGACGGACAGUCUCAUUUCCCGACUGGCAGUCCCAUUCCCCGACCGACAAUUCAUUUUCUGACAGACUGACUGACAGUCGAUUCCGUGACUGACAGUCCACUCCCAGAGCUCAGUCUUCCGGCUCCAUUUUCAGAAAUCAGUUCUCGUUCUUCUACUUUGUGAUCCGCCUUAUGUACAUCUCUUUCGCGUUCUGAGGCGCCUCGAAACGCGUACAUUUCAUCGUAGUCGCUCCUCCUGCUACGAGCGACGCUACGAGGCGAUAAGUAUAUGAGAGCGAGCGACAGACUAUGGUCUGAUUUCGUGAGUGCGACAGAAUGUGCCAUCUCAUGACAGCCUCUGGCAUAUAUAUAUGAGAUCGACUGACGUUGACCUUAUUUUACGACAUUCUAUGACCCGAUUUCAUGAGAGCGACAGCAUGUGACCUAAUUUCGUUAGACGACCUCGAAAUGCGGUGUGGUGUCAGAUUAUGAGUGGCUCUCAGUGCUGUCGUAAGAGUCUUACGCUGCUGGAACCGGUCAGACUGCUAGCCGCUAGCAUCUCAAGUGUUACACUUGACGAAAUCGAUUAAUGCUCAAUAGCUCGAAUUUGGAGAUUCUCGAGUUUAUUCACCGUAUAAGCUCCCAAUCGAGUUAAUCUCCUCUUCUUGAGGAGAAAACGAGCUACUAAUGACAGGAAAAGAGGUGGAGAGGGAAAAGAGUCGUGAGAGGGGGGGUGAGGGAGAACGACAGGAGAGGAAGAAGGGAAGGGGAAGAGAGAAAGGGAAGAGCAAUGCGAAGGACAGGAGGGACGAGUGCAGAGGAAGGACCAGAAGCGGGAAAGGAGCAUCAAUAACCCCAUCUGAUGGGGAGGGAUCAGGACUCACGGAUCACCAUAGCCGUCAAGAGCAUCAGCAUGAGCACAACUGUAACGACCUUGAUGGUAACCUUAACGAGCUUGAGGGUAAUGUUAACCACCUUGAUGGUAACCCUAACCAUCAUGAUAACGGCCAAUGCCAGGAUGAGCGGGUGCUGCUUCUUCAGCAGCAGCAGCAGCAGCAGCAGCAGCAGCAGCAGCAGCAGCAGCAGAAGCAGCAGCAUCAGCUGCCACUGACUUCAGAAUUCUCAUCCAUGGAGUGGCAUGCGUUGAUGACUCAGGCAUCACCGUCAGCAGCUGACGGAUGGCAUGGGAUGCUGACGUCAGCAGCAUCAGCACCCAUCAUCGAGAGAUGGCAUUCCCUCAUCCGACGCCGUGAGCUGCCGAAGGGCUCGGCACCUUUCAUCAUCCUGGGCGCGUGUCUCUUGCUGGUGCUCGUUCUCUGGUUUGACAUCUUCUCACUCUUCCAAGCCGGCGACGAGCAGGCGCUUAUCCGUGUGCCAGCUCCUGUGACGCUCCCAGGCUCACUACCACCAUCACGAGGAGUGGAUACAACAGCAGCAGGUGCUAGCAGCAGCAGCAGUGACGGCAGUGAUAGCAGCAGCAGCAGCAGCGAUGAUAGCAGCAGCACGGCCAGGUGGCAGCAGCAUGCGUUCAGGCACGUGGGGCUCGUGUCCUUCGCUCAGUUCUCCGCAUAUCGAAUCGCCGCCAACCAGUUUGCUGUCGUGGGGCUGGCGGCUCGCGCCCUGGACAAAGAGAGAAAGGUCGGCGAAUGCAUGUGGGAGACGGAGAAACCAGAGGGGCGGGGGCUGGGAGAGUUGGAGAGGGGUGAGGAAAUAAGAAGAGAGGAAAGCAGAGGUGCCGCGUCAGAGGGUGGGAGAAACAGUGGGAGGAGGAGGGUGAUGGUUAAGGAUAGUGUGGGAGGAGGAAGGGAGCAGAGACAUAGAGGAGGGGCGACGAAUUAUGUGAGGCACAGAGGUGGAACGAGGGAUUAUGAGAGGAGAAAAGUGCUGAGGACGGAGGAGAGGGGGGGGGCGGAGAGGAGGGGGGAGGAGAGGUGGGAGGAGGAGAGAAGAGGGGAGAGGAGUUUGAAAGAGGUGGAGGUGGAUGAGAGGGGGUGGGUACAUGGCAAGGUGGAGGCGCUACACGUGGGGGAACACCAUUCGCUGAAAUAUGCCGGGCUGGUUCUGCUGUGCACGCUCAAGAGGGAGGCAUACAUGGCAGAUGGAGGCAGGCUGCACAUGAGCAUAGAGGGCGAGGACGUGGUGGUGUAUGAGGAGCAGGUUGGGGAGGUGGUCAGUGCCGUGGCCCAUCCUCCCUUCCUCUACAACGUCACGCACUGCUCCCCGCCCAUUCACGGUCAGGUGAACGCGGAGCGCAUCUACCAAUGGAUGGAUGUGCACAUACGGAUGGGUGUGGACCACUAUGCCAUGUACGAUGUGGGCGGGGUGGACGACCACCUGCGGACUUUGAUUCAGCCGCUCGUAGAUGGAGGGAUCACGGAGACCACAAAUUUCCGUGAUGUGGUGAACUAUGAGUCAUGGUACCAUGGGCAGGUCAUGAUACUCAAUGACUGUGUGUAUCGAUUCCGCUGCCUCUCCAAGUGGCUCAUGUUCCUUGACUACGACGAGUACAUGUUUAUUAAUGGGCAGGAGCGCAUGCCCACCCCUCUGAGCGUGCAUCACUUCCUCAUGCCCUAUGAGGGCAUGCCCUAUGUCAGCCAUGGGAGCGUCUGGUGGGACCACGAGCACUGCCUGCCCUCUGAAGGACCUCAAGACCCCCGCUGGCCACUGGAGCGCAUGCUGUGGCACUGGCCAGUUGUCUACUGCCAGGGGAAGGACAACAGCACGGAACCCAAGAUGUGCCUCGACUACUAUGGGCACCGCAAGCUGUUUGUCGAUCCAAGGAAGGUGCGAGUGGUGGAGAACCACGUGGUUCAGGACCCCAAUUCGGGCGGCAAGGACCUCUCGACUGACAUCCUCAUGCACCACCACUUCCAUGGCAUAAUAAAACGGGACAUCAACGAGUGCACCCAGACACUGCUAGUAGCCGACCCAGUGAAGUACUUUCACCACUCGACAGUGGAGGCAUGCAGAAUGCACUAUGUGCGCACACAUCCCCUCGAUGUAACGUUUCUUCUUGCCGCUCACAAGUGGUGGAGAGAAUACGUGUACAGGACGCAACAUGGCAUGUGAUGGUCAAGGACUUGCUUUCUCAGGGCAUCAAGCAAGAACUCACUCGCCACCCGAGCUCGCAUCCUCUCGCACCU